UCCCUGAUUCAACGGACGUCCAUCCCAUUAAAGAGCUAUCUAUUUCUCUGUCUUUGGUUUAUUUGUUUUGCAUGGAUGGGAUUUUAUCCAAGUAUGUUGCAUGGUGAGGAUCAUCCAGUUAUUGCGGAUACUUAUGCAAGAUUCAAUUGCAUGGCCAGAGAGUUUCAGUUACCGUUUUGCAUGGUGUCCUCGAUUCUCUUAACUUUCUUUCUUCCAGAGGAGAGUGGCUGAAUGCAGGCCUACUAGUUGUUUCCGGCUAUGGUGAAAAUUGAUCCCAAAGCUCGGGACCUGGUUUCGUGCCGAACCACCGUCAACAAGCAUCGAUCUAUCGGGAUAUUCUAUGGGGAGAAUCCUCUGCAGACCCCUUUUUCACUGCUCUUAUUGGAGAUGUCCCUCGUCAUCCUCCUCAGUCGUCUCGUUCGCUUUCUUCUCAAGCCUCUGAGGCAGCCUAGAGUUGUCUCUGAUGUUAUUGGUGGUAUAAUCGUGGGACCGACGGUUCUGGGGCGCAGCAGGACGUUCGCGAGGAAGAUGUUUUCGGAUGAAGGAAGCUUUUUGGUGCACAAUUUGGGAGUACUGGGUUUCAUAUAUUUCCUAUUCAUAUCAGGAGUGAAAAUGGAUCUUUCUAUGUUGAAGGGUUCGGGAAGGAAGCAUGUAAUGAUAGCUGUAUGUGGAGCGAUUACUCCCCUGGUAUCGGUCACUCUAGUGGCGCUUCUCUUCCGGACACGGUUAGAUCACGAGCUUGAGAAGGGUUCAUCGAUAUGGGGGGUUGCUGCAAGUAUGUCCAUAACAGCAUUUCCUGUGCUCUACCCUAUCCUGAGAGAGCAGAACCUGCUGAGUUCGGAGAUAGGACGAAUGGCAUUGUCCGUCUCAAUCAUAACCGACGCACUAGGGAUCACUUUUGUGAUAGCUUUUGAGGCUGCAAAACAAGGGGAAUCCAGGAGCAAGGCUGCUCUGUGGCAUUUGGUUUCCUUGUUUGGAUUUAUAGGGUUUACAACGACUGUUGUUCGGAGAGCCAUGACUUGGGUCAUUCGCAGAACACCAGAGGGGAAACCAGUGGCACAGGUCUACAUAAUUUUUAUUUUGCUGGGGGUGAUGGUGAUGGCGUUUUUGUCUGACUUCUUCGGUGCAGCCAUUGCGAAUGGGCCGCUGUGGCUGGGGCUGGCAAUACCCGAUGGUCCGCCGCUGGGAGCCACCAUAGUCGACAAAUGCGAAACUAUCAUGAUGGAGCUUUUCAUGCCCUUUGCAUACGCAUCAGUGGGGCUCUACGUGGAUCUAUUUAGCUUGAGUGACUACUGGUCGGCUCUGUCCCCCCUGUUUAUCAUGGUCAUCACCGGAUUUGCAGCCAAACUGCUUUCGACUCUACUCACUGCUCAUUUCCUUGAAAUGCCGUUUAGAGAUAGCCUCACUCUUAGUCUCAUUAUGAGCUUUAGAGGCCAAGUAGAGUACCUGUUAUACCUGCAUUGGGUAGACCUUAAGGUACUCUCUCCGUUUUCUCCUUUCUCCUUUCUCUCUAUGGUGAGGCUGCCAGGUUUCACGUUGAUGGUGCUGUUAAGUACUGUACUAACUGCAGUGGCCACACCUUUGGUCAGUACUCUCUAUAAUCCGACAAGGCCAUACAUGGUUAAUAAGAGGCGAACCAUCCAGCAUACUGCUCCAAACGCUGAACUCCAUUUGGUAGCUUGCAUCCAUGACCAGGAAAACGUGGCUUGGCUGAUUAAUCUUCUUGAAGUAUCAAAUCCAACAUUGAGUAGCCCCGUUGUGGUUUAUGCUCUCCGCCUGGUUGAGCUCCUUGGCCGGGCUUCACCCAUCUUUAUAGACCAUGAAAAACAUGAGAAGCAGUAUGGAGAGAAUACCAGCUACGCCACCGUCCACAGCGCCCUAAAGCUCUAUCAGGAAACCAGAGGCGAUUAUGUCAGGAUCCAUCCCUUCACAGCUGUGUCCCCCCGACGAAGCAUGUACCAAGACAUAUGUGAGCUCGCUCUCGUGAAUAAAGCUAGUCUCAUUAUCCUGCCCUUCCAUGCCGAAGGCAUUGAUAUCAAUGGCAAUAUUUCGCACAUGGUCAACUCAUGUAUCUUGGCCCAUGCACCUUGCUCUGUUGCAAUCCUUGUAGACAAGGGUCCUCAAAGAAACCAAUGUGUGACACGCUCCUUCCGGGCCUCAUCCCGUCAUUUUGCAGUUUUAUUUUUAGGAGGAGCUGAUGCUCGAGAGGCCCUUGCUUAUGCAGAUCGAAUGGCUGGGAAUCCCGAUGUGUCUCUUACAGUAGUACGGUUCCUUACCGAAAAUUAUGAAAGAGAUGAUGGAUUAGAGAAGAAGCUUGAUGAUGGGUUGGUGACAUGGUUUUGGGUGAAGAAUGAGGCAAAUGAGCAGGUGAUUUACAAAGAGGUCGUGGUGAGGAAUGGAGAAGAAACAGUGAGCGCCAUUCAGGCUAUGAACAACGAUGCCUAUGAUCUUUGGAUCAUGGGGAGGAAACAUGGGAUCAAUCCGGUGCUCCUCGAAGGAUUAUCAAAUUGGAGUGAGAAUCAAGAAUUGGGAGUGAUUGGAGACUACAUUGCUUCCAUGGAUUUCAGUAGUACAGCUUCUGUAUUGGUAUUGCAACAACAGGUAUUAAGAGGGCAAAGGAUGCCUGCAUCCCAUAGUAUAUGUUAGUAAAGUUCUAUUAGUUCCCUGUGACACGCUUUCCCUCCUAACUUUUGCCCUUUCUUUUUUUUUUUUCUCUUUUGCUGGACAGACUAAGAAUUUUGUUAUCCAAAGAUAGUGGUUUACAAAACGAUUAUAGGAGCCAAAAGAGAGAGCACUACAGAAGCUUAAGCAUCCUAUAGAUCAUAUCAUGUUGUGUCUAGAUGGUAUUGAAUUCUAUCAAGACAGUUACCCUAGAAUUUAUUUAUUUAUUUUUUCCUUCUGUAUUAGAUUUAUUCUUCUUCA